CCGGGGCUGGCCGCCGCGGACCUGGCCGUAGAUGACUGCAGAAGCGCAGCAGGCUCUGUCCUCUCAGCCCCCUCCUCCUCCGGUGCAGAGCAGCUACGGCCCCAUGUCCUCCGUGGCCGAGAAACAGCCGCAGAGCUCGGCCAUGGACGCCGCCUCCGCGGCUCCCGGCGGGGCGGGCGGUAGCUCCACUGGAAGCGGCGGCGGGGCCCCGGGUAACGGAGGUCCCAAAGCGAAGAAAACCAACGCGGGGAUCCGGCGGCCGGAGAAACCGCCUUAUUCUUACAUCGCCCUCAUCGUCAUGGCCAUCCAGAGCUCGCCUUCCAAACGCCUGACCCUCAGCGAGAUCUACCAGUUCUUGCAGAGCCGCUUCCCUUUCUUCCGAGGUUCCUACCAGGGUUGGAAAAACUCGGUGCGCCACAACCUCUCCCUCAACGAGUGCUUCAUCAAGCUGCCCAAAGGGCUUGGACGCCCGGGCAAAGGCCACUACUGGACCAUCGACCCCGCCAGCGAGUUCAUGUUCGAGGAAGGCUCCUUUCGCCGCCGACCCCGCGGGUUCAGGAGGAAAUGCCAAGCGCUGAAGCCCAUGUACAGCAUGAUGAACGGGUUGGGCUUCAACCACCUCCCCGAAAGCUACGGCUUCCAGGGCUCGGCCGGCGGGCUCUCCUGCCCCCCCAACAGCCUCUCCCUCGAAGGGGGCUUGGGGAUGAUGAACGGGCAUUUAUCCGGUAACGUGGAAGGGAUGGGCCUGGCGGGACACUCCGUGCCCCACCUGCCCGCCAACGGUGGGCAUUCCUACAUGGGCAGCUGUACCGGCUCCUCGGCGGGGGAUUACCCGCACCACGAGAGCUCCGUGCCCGCCUCCCCGUUGCUCGCCGGCGGCGGCGUGAUGGAGCCCCACUCGGUUUACUCCAGCUCGGCCUCGGCGUGGGCUCCCUCCGCCUCGGCGGCCUUGAGUGGCGGCAGGAACGGCGGAAACAGCCCCGGGCUUGGCGGCGUUUCGGCCUCCCUCCGCCCGGUGUCUCGCCGCCGGCCCCGCUGGACCCAGCGUGUUCCCCCGCUCCGCACCCCGCGGACAUUGCGCGCUGGCGGAGGCGAGAGGAAAAUCUCAGCGGCCCGUCCCACAGGCAUCCCGCGGUAUCACUCCCAGUCUCCGAGCAUGUGCGACAGAAAGGAAUUCGUCUUCUCUUUCAACGCCAUGGCCUCCUCCUCCAUGCAUUCGGCGGGCAGCGGCUCCUAUUACCACCAACAAGUGACAUACCAGGACAUCAAACCCUGCGUUAUGUGAUACGGGGCGGAAAAAACACCUCCUGGGGCCGGCAUGGCCUGACACUGAGUGUCCCGUGUGUCCCCCCCGCCUCAAAAAAGGACCCUCUGGGUGGAAAAGAGGAAGGGGGGGUCUCUGCAGACUUCUUCAGGAGGUAUAAGAGGGGAGCGGCCCCGGGGCUGAGCUUUGCCCCGCAGCUGAGCAUCGGCCGGACCCCCCGUCUCCACCGCGGGGUCCUCAAAUCACAGACGGUCUCUGCCUUCUUCUUCUGCUUCUUCCACUGGGGAUGGGUUGAGAGGAAAGCAAAAAAAAAGCAGCCGCCCUCGAAAACCCCG